GGCGUGGGGCGCAGGCCGUGCGCGCCGCCCGCUCCAUCCCUGCCCGGAGCGCAGCGCGGCGCGGGGCGAGGCGAGCCGGUGCGGAGCCAGCGCCCGGGCAGCAGCUCCAGCUCCUGCCCUCCAGAGAGCCCAGAGAGGGAGGCCUCGGGCCCUGAGCCCAGCACGUGGAUGGGAGGAGCGGGAGCCAGCUAUGGAGAAGGACACAGCUGUGUCUCCGUGUGAUCCCUCCUGCACGACGCCAGAGCCACCUCCAGACACACGCUUCAGUGCCUCGGUCUCCGUGCGGGGCCCGGGGAGCGGAGACCCAGCCCAGCCCCAGAGGAAGGCAGCUCUUCGGGGCAUCCGAGGACUGGAGUUUGAGCUGCAAACCUGGCCUCAAGGCCUGCCUUUCUCUCCUUUUCAUUCGUGCUCGUGCCUAACGCAUUAUAGGAGACCGCUUUAUUUAUUUCUAGAGAAACAGCUCUGGGUCCGUCAUUGAAGGCCCCUGAAAUCUGGACACCGUUUUUUGAGCGCUCAGCGGGUGGCAUCCAUCACUAACCCGUCAGGAGCUGGGGGAGGAGUGGCCGGGGCCCAGCCCGGGGGCGGAGCUGCAGGGCCGCAGGAUGGCGUCCAAUGCCACGGCCUCUUCCCUUUGCCUGGACUCCACCGCGUGCAGGGUCACCAUCAGCAUGGUCCUCACCAUCCUCAUCCUCAUCACCAUCGCAGGCAACGUGGUGGUCUGUUUGGCUGUGGGGUUGAACCGCCGGCUCCGCAACCUCACCAACUGCUUCAUCGUGUCCCUGGCUGUCACCGACCUGCUCCUGGGCCUGCUGGUGCUGCCCUUCUCCGCCAUCCACCAGCUGAGCUGCACGUGGAGCUUCGGGAGGGUCUUCUGCAACAUCUACACCAGCCUGGACGUGAUGCUGUGCACGGCGUCCAUCCUCAACCUCUUCAUGAUCAGCCUGGACCGGUACUGCGCCGUCAUGGACCCCCUGCGCUACCCCGUGCUGGUCACCCCUGUCCGGGUCGCCGUCUCUCUGGUCUUAAUCUGGGUCAUCUCCAUCACCCUGUCCUUCCUGUCUAUCCACCUGGGGUGGAACAGCAGGGCGGAGACCAGUAAGAGCAACCACACCACCGCCAAGUGCAAAGUGCAGGUCAACGAGGUGUACGGCUUGGUGGACGGGCUGGUCACCUUCUACCUGCCUCUGCUGGUCAUGUGCGUCACUUACUACCGCAUCUUCAAGGUGGCCCGGGACCAGGCCAAGAGGAUCAACCACAUCAGCUCCUGGAAGGCAGCCACCAUCAGGGAGCACAAAGCCACGGUGACGCUGGCUGCCGUGAUGGGGGCUUUCAUCAUCUGCUGGUUUCCGUACUUCACCGUGUUCGUGUACCGGGGCCUCAAAGGGGACGACGCCAUCAACGAGGUGUUUGAGGCCGUCGUGCUGUGGCUGGGCUACGCCAACUCGGCCCUGAACCCCAUCCUGUACGCCGCCCUCAACAGGGACUUCCGCACGGGGUACCGGCAGCUCUUCUGCUGCGGGCUGGCCGGCCGCAACUCCCGAGGAACCUCGCUGAGGUCCAGCAGCUCUCAGCUGUCCAGGAGCCAAAGUCGGGAAGCCAGGUGGCAGGAGGAGAAACCCCUGAAGCUCCAGGUGUGGAGUGGGACGGAAGCCACGGCCACCCAGGGAGCCACAGACAGGAAGCCGGCGCUGUCCUGCACCGCCUGCGCCAGCAACCUCCUGAGCUGCUGCAAGAGCCUGUGGGGGAGCAGGGCCCUCCAGAGACACGUGGGAGGCCCCGUGGAGGAGCCACCGGGGGGGCCGCCGUCUGAGCAGCCACCGAGCCCACCACUCCCGGAAGACAGGAGGACGUUGCCCUCCAAGGCUGUCCACACCCCGCCCCAGGACACUGAGGAUGCUGCUCCCAGUCCCUAAGAUGUGACUCCUGGAGCCCCCAGGGACCCAACCCCCGAAGCCACCGAGAACGCACCCCGGCCGGAGUCUGCGGGUCCCAGAGCAACAGAGCCGGACGCCAGAGUCCCUGGGCCCCUCGGGCCUCGGGUGGAACAGCCUGUCCUGUGCCCGGCAUUCCCAGGCAGCCGCUCGGGGCUCCUCUGGGCCCAGUGGGCCGAGUCCCGCGGGCUCACAGCUCACGCUGGUGCUGGCCCGGGGAGCCGUGAGCAGAGAUGGCGGGAAGGACGGGGAUUUGUACAUGUGUGUGCACGGACGUGUGUGUGUG